UUGAAAUACUUAUGCUGUAGUUAUUCAGGCUCAGGACACUCAUCCAGGCAGAAAGUCCGUAUAUGUAUAUUUUUAAAAUAUUACUUUUGACAUCAUAGCUUCCAUUUCUUGGAGUAAUACUUUGCCAGAAAAUGUAACCAAGUCAUACAUGGAGGUUUUCAUCAGCACAGGAGUUGGGACUAAAAGAACAGGAUAAACAUGUGCAAUUGUUCUGGAAGGAUAUGCGGAGCUGGCUUCAGUCCAAACAAAUUGAUCUUUCAACGUGGACGAUCUGGAGGUGAGCUGUGAUACUUCUGCUUUGGUUGACUUUUGGCCAUUCAUGUGGUGAAAGAGAAACUCACAACAAAUACCCAAAAUGUUAAUUGCUCACUUCAACCCGCGGGUCUUUGUCUUCUUUGUCCUCCUGCUACUGGUUUCAUGCCAGCAGGUCCCUUAUAACUGUGUCAUCAAGAGGGAAGAAGAGAAAUGUUUUGAGAUGAUGGCUUUGGAUGAGGCUGGGAAUGAUUCAGAAUUUGGGUGUCCAUGGAUGUGGGAUAACCUAACGUGUUGGCAACCAGCCAGCAUCGGUGAUGUGGUCGAGGUUAACUGUCCUGAACUAUUCUCUCAGUUAAUGAUUGAAGACUAUGAGGUGGGGAAGGUUCGGCGUAACUGCACAGAGUUUGGCUGGUCAGACAUGUUCCCUCACUACGCUGACGCUUGUUUAUAUGAAGAAGGAAACAACAGUCAUCCGGACAUUUACUUGGUGCCAGUGAAGGCUCUCUAUACUGCAGGCUACAGUACAUCUUUAAUAUCCCUCACCACGGCCAUGAUCAUCUUGUGCAGGUUCAGGAAGCUGCACUGUACGAGGAAUUUCAUCCACAUGAAUCUAUUUGUGUCAUUCAUCUUGAGAGCUAUUUCUGUCUUUAUCAAAGAUGGUGUGUUAUAUGCCAAGGAGGACAGUGAGCACUGCUUCAUACAUACUUUGGAAUGCAGAGCAGUAAUGUUAUUCUUCCAUUACUGUGUCCUCUCUAACUAUUUCUGGCUGUUCAUCGAGGGUCUUUAUCUCUUCACCUUACUGGUGGAGACUUUCUUUCCUGAGAAGAGGUACUUCUAUUGGUACAUCAUCAUUGGCUGGGGAGCGCCUACCUUGUGUGUAACCAUCUGGGCGGUGCUAAGAGUGCAUUUUGAUGAUAUGGGUUGUUGGGACAUGAAUGACCAUGCUGCCAUCUGGUGGGUGAUUAAGGGACCUGUGUUGGCUUCAAUUAUGAUCAACUUUGUGCUCUUUAUUGGCAUCAUUAUCAUACUCGUCCAGAAACUGCAGUCCCCAGACAUUGGAGGAAAUGAAUCCAGUAUUUACCUGAGGUUGGCGCGCUCCACUUUGCUCCUGAUUCCUCUGUUUGGGAUCCAUUACACAGUUUUUGCCUUCUCCCCUGAGAAUGUCAGCAAAAGAGAGCGUCUAGUAUUUGAGCUCGGCUUAGGAUCCUUCCAGGGAUUUGUGGUGGCUGUCCUCUACUGCUUCCUGAAUGGAGAGUAUAUUCCUCUAGGUGCAAUCGGAGAUCAAGAGGAAAUGGCGCAGCUGGACGGUGAACAGAUACUUUGCUGUGGACUUGAAGCACCGGCACCCUUCGCUGGCAAGCAGUGGCGUGAACGGGGGGACACAGCUGUCCAUCCUGAGCAAAAGCAGUUCCCAGAUCCGUAUGUCCAGCCUACAGGCAGAGACUCCGGCCAUCUGAGCAGCACAGCAUGCUUUGCUGCAACCGACAAUGACAUAAUUGUCGAGAUCUGACAUUACCAAACCGAAAGCACCGCCUUAUUCUCCCGAUGACCAACCUUAUCAUCCCCUUCCUUACUCACUCCCAAAAUCGCUAUCCUAGUAACAUCCUAAUGGAAACUAUACUGAACUCUAGCGACCUUGAGCAAUGUAUCGUGUGACAUGCUUUGUGUUGAAUCAUUAAAGGA